UCGCCAUUCGCUAAUAUAUCUGUUGGGAUUCGAUUUCCUAUAUCUACGCGGUUACCUCAUUUCUCUCAUCCACCCUCCAUAUAUUUGCUUUCAAUUCACGCUUCAAUUUUUUCCAUCGAUCUUCUUCACUCCUAGAUCUGCAUUCAAUCAUCUGUUCUUCAACAAAUUCAUACACUACACAAGCAGCAUCAGCAACAAUGGUGGCCAAAAGGUUCAUUUCUUUAUUGGCUUUCACACUUCUGUUUACUCUCUCUGUUUCUUCAGAUCCAGCCGGAGUUUCGCCGUCUCCUGCUCCACAAAGCGGUUCCGAUGAUCAACCUAUAAUUCCAUCUCCAUCUCCAUCUCCUUCAACCGGUUCUCCACCAGCACCUCCGCCGUCUUCAGAUCUGGCUCCCAUUCCUACUUCCACUCAGCCACCCGCUACGUCUGCACCUCCAGCUAUGUCUCCGGCACCGGAAACGGCGGAUGAUAAUGAUCUGUCCUCUGCCAAUGUGAAAAGCGAGGAAUCGAAUAAAUCUUCGUCAGGAGGGAUGAGCGGCGGGAAGAAGGCCGGGAUUGCGAUCGGAGUAAUCGCUGCCGCUUGUGUUGUCGGAUUUGGAGGAUUGCUGUACAAGAAACGCCAACAGAACAUCCGGCGAGCAGAAUUCAGCUCCGCCGCAAGAAGAGAGUUCCUCUAAAGUUCGAAUCUGGCCACAUCAUCAUCAUCUAGAUCUAGAUCUAUACAAAGGUGGACAUUAUCACAUUAUAUCAUCAUACAUUAUGCUGUAAAUUUCAUUCAGAUCUUGUGGAUCCAUUCGUUUGAUUCUUUACAUACUAGUUACUUCCGAAUUCUACCUUUUGAGUUCUGAUUUUUAGCGUGCUAUUCAUUGUAAGUUAACUUGAUCUUAUCGAGCUGUUAUCUACACUUAUUAUCAAUCUAGAUGAUUGAAUUUCUUAUCA